AUGAGUCCGCGCGAACGAGAUGGGGCCAUCGCUCGGGCGACCAAAGGGAUUGGCAGUCUCAUCGGCCUUGCGGUUGAGGCGCAUGUUCAGCGCAAGAACAAAACCCAAAGCACAGUUACGAGGCGAUAUGAGAUCCCCGAGAACAGCAGCCGCGCAACGAGGAGCAGUCCAUUCAGUGCUCAAUAUGACUGUCGGGAAAUCGACGACAAAGAACCACUUUCCGACGACGAAGACGAGGACGAUGAGGACGCUUUUGCCGACGCGAUGCUUCCCCCCUCGUACGACGAAGUCAUUUCUCCUGGUUCUUCUGGCACAGCUCCAUUCACCACCAUCAAACCCCUCCCAUACCCCAUCAUUCUACCUCAACGUCGCCCUAAACGUUCUUCUCGGGGCUUCAUUCGAGCGUACGCUCCCGUCCUCCAGACCCACAAAAACAUCUCUCAAGACGCUUUUCUCGCAUUCCUCAAAGACUUCCAGCGGUCCUCCCGUGCCUCUCCCGUGUUCCACGCCAUCAACAUUGGCGCCAUGGCUGCCGGGUUUGCUCCGAGCGCAAUUGCCAUGGGUGUGAGCAUGGGUGUGCAAGCUGGCACCAAGUACGCCAUGGCCUAUCAGGAGAAGACGAGAACAAAUAAUUACUUGGACAAGGCGAACAGGGAGAUGUUCUGGCCCGUGGGGCUGCACGCAAUGAUCACGACCUUUGCACCGGGUCAAUCCGACCAAAGUGUUCUGGACGUCGACACUGGACGUCCACUUCCCUCUUAUUCCGGCUCAAGAGACCCACCGGAACUGGCGAUCCCUCAGUCCGCACCACUGAUCUUCCCACAGGUUGACGACGAAGUCGAUGAUGACGGCCAGCCGAGAUCGUCCUGGAAACGGGGAUCCAAGUUCGUCUCGUCGUACUUCGACCGACGCGCCCAAGCCGAGCAUCUCCCCACAUACGGCGAUCCGAACAGCCCGCCGACCUUUGCCAGCCGCUACAGCGAUCCCAACCAUCCCGCCAACUCGGGAAGCCCCAUCGCGCUCCUUACCGGCGGCCUCAUCAACCCUCGCGGCGACCGCAGUCGUGGCGACCAGGGGAGACUACUCUCGACCGUCCAAGACUUGAAGAGAUCAAACUCCCACGGCGACGAAGGACUACUCAUGCGCCUCGCCCGCACCGUCUCGGACGCGAGAUCAAGUCCAAGUCAAAGUGACCGGUACGGACAGCAAUCAUCGUAUGGUUCCGCCCCCCACUCGCGGUCUCACUCACAGUCCAAGUCCCGUUCGCAUUCCCACUCCCACUCCCACUCCCGCGAAUCCGAUGACCACGACUAUAUGCCCUACGAAGGCUCUCGCCGGCCCGAUGAUCGUCGUCGUCGCAGUCACCGCCGCAGCGAGAGCUUGGGGACCCUGAACGAUGAAAGCCGCGGACGAGGGGUACACGGCCAAGGCGGCCGUGGCGGGCUCAAACAAGUGCUCCGGAAAGCAACGUCCAUGCAGCAGGAUGUGCUGUACCUCGUCAUCGCCGAGAUUCCAGACUCGGUGAAGGAGGAAAUGGCGCGCUCGCGACGACGAGGUUAG